GCUGCCUUGAGUCCGGUGAAAGACGCCAUUUUGUCGUUAGCGGUGACGCGGAGAACAGGGAUAUUGUUGGAAAGCAGCGCUUGAAAAGAUCUGCCACCAUGGGGAACAUGUUCGCAGGCCUGUUUAAAAAUCUCUUUGGGAAGAAAGAGAUGCGAAUCCUGAUGGUGGGUCUGGACGCUGCUGGCAAAACCACCAUCCUGUACAAGCUUAAACUGGGAGAGAUCGUCACCACCAUCCCCACUAUCGGUUUUAACGUAGAGACAGUAGAAUAUAAAAACAUCAGUUUCACGGUUUGGGAUGUUGGCGGUCAGGAUAAGAUCCGGCCGCUGUGGAGGCACUACUUCCAGAACACACAAGGUCUGAUCUUUGUGGUGGACAGUAAUGACAGGGAGCGAGUGAACGAGGCAAGAGAGGAGCUGACGAGGAUGCUGGCUGAGGAUGAGCUCAGAGAUGCCGUGCUGCUCGUUUUCGCUAACAAACAGGAUCUGCCCAACGCUAUGAACGCGGCAGAGAUCACAGACAAACUGGGCCUGCACUCACUGCGGCACCGCAACUGGUACAUCCAGGCCACGUGCGCCACCAGCGGAGACGGGCUAUACGAAGGCCUCGACUGGCUCUCCAACCAGCUGAAAAACGCUAAAUGAUCCAUUCCACUCAUCCCCUCUCUGCGCUCUGUGUGUGUGUGCGUGCGUGCGUGUGUAUGUGUGUGCAUGUGUGCGUGUGCGGUCAGAACGGCGGCGCUGGAUUCAGUCUCUCGGUCACCCACUUUAUCCAUCCCCUUUUUUUUUCUUCUUUUGUUCGGUUCUGUAGACUUUAGAGGCUCUCCCCAGUGCUGACUUGUGUACACACAUGCUGUUAUGGAAGAGUGUGUGUGCAUGUGCGUGUGAGUGAGAAAUGAGAGUGGGAGCAGCCCCUGCUGUGCCUUUGAACACGCACGCUCCUCGUACGGCUCACUUCUCUCUCUCUCUCUUUUCCUCUUUAUUCACAUCCCUCCCCGAUUUUUUUUUUUUUUUCACAAAGCAAAGAAUGACCCAGGAUGCUGAAUGAAUUUUCCUUCCACACAGAAUAAAUGAAUAUCUUGAAAUAAGUCAUGAUUUCCAUCCUCUGAUGAUAAAACAGUCAAGCAUGUCUGAGAUGUUACGAGUCGUCGUCACCAUUUUUUGCCCCACUUAUGAUGAAACUCAUUGUAACCUGCAUCAGGUUGGGAAAAAAAACAAGAAAGGAAAAGACAAUAAAGUGAUGUUUUUCCAUCCUAGAUCCUUCUUUGCAUUCUUUUAGAAUUGUGAGGCUCAUGAGGUUGCCAUGAACAUCGCUGAUCCCGAGGCAUAUCGAGGCCUGUUCUGGGGUAACGAAAGCCCGGUGUCCCCCCCCACUCAGACUUACACGGUUGUCGCUUUUAGCCAGAAAGUGUAAUGCAUUUUGCAAUAUUUCACUUUGUAGCUAACGAUUAGAUGAUAACAGCACUAUCGCCGUUUCCUCCCGGUUUUGUGACUUGUCCUCAGAGCGCCCUUGACCGAACUUUUAAAAUCGUGAAAGGUGUCUCUUCGGCGUCUUUGUCUUGUAGAUUGUGAGGAGACUCGUCACAUAGCAGGAAGGCUGUUUUAGAGCUGCUCCCACUCUCAUGCAUUCUUUUUUUUUUUUUUUUUUUGGGUCAUCUUCUUGUUUUUAUUACAUGUCGUUCCUGAUCGUCUAGCCUCGCAAGAGUCAAAACUAUAACCAUAUGUUUUAAAUGCUGCCGAGAAAUAACCCAUAAUUUAACAAACUCACCACUUUCAUCGUUAAGAGGAGUAGAGUAAAAAAAACAUGGACGGCUGCAUCAUAAAUCAAAAACCGGCAGGAAGUUUAAAUCCGAGCAAAUUAACGUGAUCGUGUCUGCAUACCCGGUUUAAUCCGCUCUCUGCUUUUAUGCUGCAUCUUUCUGUUUCACUUCUUUCUUCUCUUGGCAGAUCAACUCAUCUCACCUGGAUUAAAAAAUUAAUGAAUAAAUAAAAAAAGUCUUACCAAUAUUACUAUCAUAACCAGCUACCGGCUUAGAUUUCGGCAAACUGACAAUUUCUUCUCCUCUGUUAUCUGUUUUCCAAAGGCAUCUAUGAAUGUUACACUGAUUACAAACCAACACCCCCUAAGGUCAUGACCCCUGUACUGACUCCUCAGAUAUAAACGGUUGAAUGCGCACCCUCAAUACAUUAACAAAUCCAUGUUUCGCAAGAUAUUUGGUUUCCAUCUUUUUUUUUUUUUUUUUUUUUACAACACCAAAACUCAUCAGAGUUUCCAAAACUCUAAUGGCAUCUUUUUUUUCCCUUCUUUUUCUUCUUCCCUCCCCCUCCCCACAGUCUUGUAGAAACCUACUGUAGUGGAUGAAAUGAACGGAUUUAUUUGAUUUACUUAUUGUCUGUCUGGAGAAUAAAUAAAACAUGUAAGGAAAUGUAUUUUAGCUAGUCUCUUCAUUUAGCGACCUUAUGUUCUGAUGUGAAGCUUUAAUUUUAAGAAGAAAAAAUAAAACACAAAAUAGUGUGCAUAUGGAUUGUUUUUUCUUUUCUUAGAUUUUUCCUUUCUCGUUUUUUUGUUUUUGUUUCUAGCUUUUUUAACCCAUCUUGUAACAUCUGAGAAAUGCACUAUAAUAAAGAGAUCUCUAUUACAAAA